AUGAAGUUUGCGUGCUGUAAAUCGACCACAGAGGGAGCUACUGGUAUGAUGACAUGUUCCAAUUGCAAAAACAAUUAUCACAUCGCUUGUAUGUAUCCCACAGACAAGAAAAAAAUAUUACCCGACCUUAAAACAAAUUGGGUCUGUCCUGAAUGCUCUCUUAGCAAACCGAGGCAAUAUAAUAAUGACAAUACACCUUUAAGAAAAAAUGAUCGCAGUUCACCCGAUAAUGUAACAAUGAGGCGUGGUGCUUCUUACAUAUCACCGGAAUGCUCAAUGGAGGCGUCGAUUUCAUAUGAACAAGUCCGCGAAAUUGUUUCUUUGGAAUUUGAGAAAUUUUGUUCUAAAAUGAAGACAACUAUUGCAGACAUUAUAUCUACAGAAUUGAUGCCCAUUAGGAAGGAAAUCGCUUCUUUUCAAGACAGUAUAGCAUUUAUUAAUGACCAGUACGAAAACUUGAAUAAAAAAAUUGAACUUAUUGAAAAUGAUAUGAAAUCUUUGAAAGCGACAAAUAAGGAAAUUGGAGAAAUUAAAAGUAACUUAAAUAGGUUUGAGCAAGAACACAACAACCGUGAACAAUGGUCGAGACGUUCGAAUUUAGAAAUUUAUGGUAUACCUGAAAAGAAAGGUGAAAACUUAAUUGAUACACUUAAGAGUAUUGCGCAACAGAUGGAUUUCCCUCUGAACAUUAAUUAUGAUUUGGAUUUUAUAACUCGCGUAGCCCCAAAGAAUAAUACUUCUAAAAAACCUAAGCCGAUUGUUGUUCGUUUUUUGGCCCGCUAUAGAAAGGAUGAUUUUUUGAGUAAAGCAAGAAAAUUAAAAUUAAAAGCUAGUGACCUAGGAUUUAACAAUAGUAAUUCGCCAAUAUUUUUUAACGAUCACCUGACUAGUGAAAACAAGUCUCUUCUACAGCGGGUUAAAGUGAAGGCGAGGGAAAACAAAUAUUUAUAUACAUGGGUUAAGAACUGUGCUAUUAUGGUUCGUCGCACGGAUACUAGUCCCAUUAUAAAUAUAUCAAAUGAGAGUGAUUUAAACAAAAUAAAGUAA